GUGGCAUGUGCAUAAACCAAAUACGAAGACCUUACCGAGUGCUUAUAUCACAAACCAUCAAUACGAUAUACGAUUAUUUUUCUUCUUCCUCUUCUGUGAUCCCUUCUGACCACAAAACCCCUGCCCGCAAGGAGUCAAGAGUCAAUGCAAUGUCUCGUACUACGGACAAGGAGCACACGAGCUCUUGACAGAAUCAAUUCCCUGGCUCACAUUUCAACCCGCCUCUUCAGCACCUCGCCAUCCCAUCUACGCCUCAAACAAGUCCCACAGCUCUCAUCAUGGUAUAAACCUGAAUUCGAAAAGAAAGCAUACAUUCCAGCCCUGCCCGCACGGCUCCCACGUUCAGCGACACAGAUCGCACCAGCGAGUUCAAAAUGGUUCAUCCACGACGCCAACCACAGACUCAAUAUCAUCAAUGAUAAAGACCACACCAUCCUCACCCCUCGUUCCUCCGAGCUUCGCACCUCAUUCUGGUCCCAGCAUGAAUCCAUCACCGUCCCAUUAGAACUCACAUCAACCACUCCCGACCGCGGGGAAUCCUUCAACCGUGUCGAGGAUGCUCCCCUGAAAUUACUCCUAACGUACCUCUCCAGCAACAGCCCCAGCACACCCCAGCACUCAAUCUACCUGGCGCAAUGUGACCUGUCAUCCCUCCCCCGGUCUAUCACAGACGACAUCCCCACGCCGUCGCUGCUCCAGCCCUCGUCCGCCAUCAAAGGCGACAUCUACGCUUCAUCUCUCUGGCUAGGCCGUCCACCCACAUACACCCCUCUCCACCGUGACCCCAACCCCAAUCUAUUCAUGCAGCUCGCGGGCCGGAAACUUCUGCGCCUCCUCCCACCCGAGAUCGGUAACGCUGUCUUUGAGGACGUCCAGAAUCAUCUAGACCACAACCACGCUUCAGCAAAUAUCAGAGGUGACGAGAUGAUGGCCGGUCCAGAGAAACUCGCCCAGCACGAGGCGAUCUGGACAGACGAUCCCAGCGUCAAUCGCUACGCCGAUGUCCUUGCCACAUACUCUCUCGAGACAGAAGUCGAAUUGGGUGACGCUCUCUUCAUUCCGAAAGGAUGGUGGCAUAGUGUCAAGGGUGUCGGAGAGGGUAUCACGGCCAGCGUGAAUUGGUGGUUUCGCUGAUAGUGAUUUUGAUUUUGAUCUAUUUGGGGAGGCAGGAGAUCGCAGCACUAUGAGUGAGAAGCACUAAUCUUAUUGUUUCCUUUCUUCGAAGUGGCACCGCCAUAGAGUCGAGAGGCACCUCUUCAGAGCUCCCACCACAACAUCACCCGCAACCCCACUGCUUUGGUCCUUGCA